AUGUUGCUCUCCAGUCGCUGGGCGCGGGGAAUAUUGAGUCGCGCGGCGCUGCUCGUGGCUCUGGUGACUGCCGUGUAUCUCGUGGCUGGGGCCUGGCAACGCCAUUCGCUAUCCUCUAAUCGUGCCUAUGAUGUGUUGGCUGAGCGUCAUCAAUUCGAUACCUCGCACCACCGCACUGGAGCGGCUGCUCGCCGCUCUCGCGCAGGACAGACCGUGGUUGACUUUGCGCAAGCGGAUGCGCGCCCCGUCCCCGUGGCACGCAAAUUGCCCGCGGCGGGCGCAAGCCCAGGCCGUGGUGAGGAUCCAUCUGUACCACUGGCCGCGGCUGCCGAAGAAAAACUAGACAUCCGAGCCGGGGGCACGCUCGAAGUGGCUACGCCUGCCUUGAACCUGCGACUUCACAUCGUGCCCUUGCAAAAGUCUGUCCAAGAUGUGCUGCAACGCAUGCACCCCCAACCCUCAGCCCGGGGGGAUGCUCGAACAUUGGCCUUUGGGCGCAUUCAAAACAUUUACGCCGAAAAGCCCACCGCGUUUCAACCGCAGCCGGAGCUCUUCCAGCUGGGCCUUGGCUCCCAUGUCAUCUCCUCUGCAGCAUGCCGACUCGUCGAGUUGACCUACCAGCCUACCACGGGGGUGGCUCCACCGAUGGCCCCUGCGGGCGAUAAAAACUCAGAUGGGCCCAUUUAUCAGGCUCGUCAAGUGCGAGCGCGCCUCAGCUGUGCUUGGGCUGACGUCGCCGAGGCCUUUUCUAUUUCAUGGCAACUCUCCGUAGCUCCGGAGGCUCCUCACCACUUUGUUCGAACUUCCUUUGCGCUGACCUCGCAUCUUCCAGUCGCCACUCUUCCUCCCAGAUACCUGGUCACCUGGCAGCUGCGAGACGUGCCUGUGAUCAUGUCAGGCACGGUGCCGGGUAGUCCAAUUUACAGCCGAGAAGCCCGCUUUUUUGCAGGACUCGAGCAUCCCAUGUCUUCCAAUGGCGUUUUGGCCAGUGACGAACGACUGGCAGUGUGUGGACUCAUGAGCCUGCCACCGCUAGCUGCAGGGGCCACCAGCUUUACCUACACAACCGUGAUUGGCAUGUACCGGCAUGGCGCUGAUCUCCAGCGAGCAUUUUGGGCCUAUCUAUCCCAAGUGCGCGCGUCGCCGGCGCGGCCAUUCCUGCACUAUAAUAGUUGGUUUGACUUUUACAGCUGGCAGGAACGCGAUGUCGCCUUUGCCGACCGAAACAUGACAGAGCGUUCGUGCAUUGACCGCGUGGAGCGUCUCAGCCAGGAGCUGGUGGUCAAGCGUGGGGUGCAAUUGGACGCAUUCCUCUGGGAUGACGGUUGGGAUGACCACAAAUCACUAUGGUCCUUUCACAGCGGCUUUCCGCGCGGCUUGACUCCCGUGGCCGAGCGAGCCCAAACCUACGGUGCAGAUGUAGCAGUUUGGGUGUCGCCCUGGGGUGGCUAUGGUUCAGCCAAGGAUGCUCGCGUGGCCUAUGGGCGGCGGCAGGGCUAUGAGCUCAACCGCCAGGGCUUUAGUUUGUCUGGACCACGGUAUUUUGAGCGCUUCAAAGCCAUUACCCUGGACUUUGUUACCAAGUACCACGUUGCCAUGUUUAAGUUUGACGGCAUAUCUUUUGGCGAGGGAGCCCAACAUGAGUACUUGACCGAGCUAGAGGGUUUAUUGCGUCUCUUGCAGACGCUGCGCCGGGAGGCGCGCAGGGCCUUCUGGAUAAACCUGACGACCGGCAUGUGGCCCAGCCCAUUUUGGCUGCUCUUUGGUGACUCAAUCUGGCGUGGGCAUGGCGACAUCGGACUGCAUGGUGAGGGCACGCGGCGCCAGCAGUGGAUCAACUUUCGUGAUGCCGUGGUCUACAAGCUGGUGGUGCAACGAGCUGGCUUGUUUCCAGUUUCUGCUUUGAUGUUGCACGGCAUUAUUACCGGGAACAUGGGCCAGAGUCGCGCUGUCGGGCUCAACUCGACCGAGGAUCUACCCUCCUUUCGCGAUGAAGUCUGGUCCUACUUUGCCACUGGUGUUCAGUUGCAAGAGCUCUACGUGAGCCCAGACACCAUGAGCGCUGCUGCCUGGGACAUUGUGGCGGCUGCCAGCAAGUGGGCCCGUCAGCAAGCCCCAGUUCUGCAGCAAGCGCGGUGGGUUGGCGGCGAUGCCGUGCGCGAACAGGCUUAUGGCUUUGCCGCGCAUGUGGGGGUCGGCGUGACCCUGUCGCUGCGCAAUCCUUCCCUGUCGGUCACUCGUCUUCUACUGCGGCUGGCCACAGCAUUUGCUGCAAAGGCAUCUUGCGGUAGCCCCGACAGCACGGCCACCGUGACUCUUUCUUGCCGGUACAGCAAUGACGCACGAUGCCUGACCCACUUUUCUUCCGUCUGCUCAGCUGAUGACGUGUGUACUCUGGCCUUGCACACGCAACUGGACGUGGAGAUUCCCCCAGCCUGGACGGUCGUGCUGGACGGCCGAUUGUCCGAGCCGUGCGAGUGA